AUGUCUUAUAUGCUUGCCCACCUAACCAAUGGUUGGCAGGUUGAUCAAGCAAUUUUAUCCGAAGAGGACCGUGUCGUUAUUAUCCGUUUUGGACAUGAUUGGGAUCCUUCUUGCAUGGUUAUGGAUGAGACACUCUUUCAAGUUGCAGAAAAAAUAAAGAAUUUCGCUGUUGUUUACCUUGUCGACAUAUCUCAGGUCCCUGACUUCAACAAGAUGUAUGAACUGUAUGACCCUUGCACAGUAAUGUUCUUCUAUCGAAACAAGCACAUCAUGAUUGAUCUUGGAACUGGCAACAAUAACAAAAUAAACUGGCCCAUUGAAGACAAACAAGAAUUUAUCGACAUUGUUGAAACUGUGUAUCGUGGUGCUCGCAAAGGUCGAGGUCUUGUUGUUUCUCCCAAGGAUUACUCAACCAAGUAUCGCUACUAG